AUGUGCAAACAUAGUCCAUCCAGUUAUGUUGAACUUCCUGUGCACCGUUUCCCCGACUGCAACAUCAGCAGCUGCAGAACUUUAGUGGAUACGUAUCUAAAUGUAGUAGCCAGAUGUUAUAGAAUGGCGAUGCUCAUGCGGAGUGCAUGCGCUGCAAUGCGCCUUGCGUCGUGUGUAGAGCGAGCUGUGCUUCAAACGAGGGCAUUGUCCGCCUCUGCGAAGUUAUUUGCAGAACGCAAAUACACGAAGAAACACGAAUGGGUCUCAGUUAACGGAGACAUGGGCACCGUUGGCAUUACAGACUUUGCGGCGGAACAACUUGGAGAUAUUGUAUUUGUCGAACUUCCCGAAGUAGGGACGGAACUAAAGCAAGGUGACACAACUGGAGCUGUGGAAAGUGUGAAGGCUGCUUCGGACAUUUACGCACCUGUUUCCGGGAAAGUAACUGAAAAGAAUGCUGUGCUGGAAAAAGAGUCAGGAAGGAUAAACAAAAGUCCAUUUGAAGAAGGAUGGUUAUACAAACUCCGCCUGAGCAAUCCUAAAGAGUUGACAGAGCUGCUGGAUGAGAAGGAAUACGAGAAGUUCAAGAAGGAAGAAGAAGCUGCGGAACACUAA